GACCCAUCUGGAUUGGAUAUUACUUUUAGUUACUAAUGGUGUUCCAUGAGAUGUCCAUUUCAUUUGUGUAAAGACUAAAGAGAGCUUAGCACUAAACUUCAAAAUGUAUGGUUGAAUCUAUAGAUGGACUUAUUGUGGCAAUAUAAGUUAAACAUCAAUGAAUCUCACUCUUAUAUUUAUUUUUAACGUUAAUUAAUUACGUUAUUACUGAAUACAUAAACAAUCAUAUAAUUUAACAUUUUAUAAGAAUUCUCGUCUACUUACACCACCACUUACACCACCGCAAACCAUUUUUAUAAAGAUAUACACAUAACAUUUUUCUUACAAUUGAAGGUUUUUUAAAAACAUUUUUCUAUUAGUUUAUAUAAUUCAUCUUUUUCGAUUAAAUACAAAUUUCCUUAUGGAAAAAUAUUAAUAAACCAUCAGUUAAACCACCAGAUCAAGAAGCUUUCACGCUAUAUCAUAUACUUCUCUCUGCUAUAUUCUUCUAUCUGCUAUAUAAUACAUAGCGAUUCCCUAUUAGGGAGGGGAUACAACAGUGUUUGUCGUUGAAUUCAUUAACUUCUAAGAUUUUUGGGCCAACCAAACACAUGUGGGUUCAGUUUUAAUGGGCCUGUGCUUAAUUUAUAACCCAAGAAACGUGUCAGAUCUGCACGGGUCUAAGAUUGAAACACGUGUCAAGAUCUCAACGUACAUCUUCCGCCAUUGUCUGACAAUGAGAGAUUGAAAGUACAAAAAGGCUUUAAGACCGAACUGGUUUGCUCUAAACAAACAGUAACGAACAGUUUGAGAUUCGAAGAUACAUGCAUGGAGGUCAAUGAAAAGGUCAAAAUCGUAAUUACUGUAGCCUCUCUUGUGGCGGCGACAGUUCUGCUCGUGGCGGAGUAUCGGCGGCGCCGCCACGGUAGGAAGCAGACAUCUUCUCCGAGCUCGUGUUAUCUGCACUCGGAGACCAAACCGCAGUUCGGUUUCAAACGAGUACUUGCGGAUAACUCUUACUCUGGAUUCAAACACAUGAAGAAGCUCGACGAUGUGUUUUCUUCCUCCAUAGAGAAACCUAACAACUCUCAUCCGUACGAAACUGAGAUCGCUGUCUUGUUAGAGAAUCCUCGUCUUGAUGAAGUUGAGUUCUUGAGGGGAGAAUGUUCACUGGAGAUGAGUGGUUCUUAUGUGUGGGUUGAGACGGAGUAUGAGUUGAAGAAGCUUGCGGAAACAUUGGCUAAAGAAAAAGUCUUUGGAGUUGAUACUGAGCAACAUAGUUUGCGAUCGUUUCUUGGUUUCACUGCUUUAGUUCAGAUUUCUACAGAAGAGGAGGAUUUUUUGGUGGACACGAUUGCAUUACAUGAUGCAAUGAGUAUACUCCGUCCUGUUUUCUCCAAUCCUGAUAUUUGCAAGGUGUUUCAUGGGGCUGACAAUGAUGUUCUCUGGCUUCAAAGAGACUUCCAUAUAUAUGUUGUUAACAUGUUUGAUACCGCCAAGGCGUGUGAGGUGUUGUCAAAGCCUCAAAGGUCACUGGCAUACUUACUUGAGACAGUCUGUGGAGUGGCUACUAACAAAUUGCUUCAGCGUGAAGAUUGGAGACAGCGUCCACUGUCUGAAGAGAUGGUGCAAUACGCCAGAACAGAUGCACACUAUCUACUCUAUAUUGCCGAUAGGUUGACUGCUGAGCUCACACAGCGAGGCACUGAAGAUUCAUCUAGCCCGGAUGACAAGUUCAGUUUUCUUCUCGAGGCUAGUAGACGAUCAAACAUGAUUUGUUUACAGUUGUACACUAAAGAAACAUAAGAUUUUCCUGGGAACGCUGCUGCUUCCUCGUUAAUUUAUCGUCAUUUAAACAGCCAUGGAGAUAACUCUUCCAUCUCCUUGGAUGCAAAGUUUCAGGAGCUUGUAAGGGAACUAUGUGCAUGGAGAGACUUAAUGGCAAGAAUUCAUGAUGAAAGCACGCGAUAUGUUCUGUCAGACCAAGCUAUUAUUGCUCUUGCCUGUAAGAAUCCAACAACAGCUGAGGAAGUACAUCAUUCGAUAGCUCAAGCUGAUUUGGCUACAGAGUCUUCACCAAGCUUGAGUUUAUCAAAUCAAUCUCCAUCUGAUGUUAUCUGUAGUCAUUUGAAUGAUAUCUAUCAAAUGACUCGGGACAACAAGUUACCUAAACUGGAUGCUCUUUUACCACUAGUUCUCGAGAAAUGUUUGGGGACAGAUGGAACAUGUCCAGUUUCUGUCUUCAACUACUCACUUUUGAUAAACUUCAAGACAAAGCUCGCUGUCCACUCAGCUCCCAAGCAAAACGAACACAAGAAGAACUGCAAGGAGUUCACUCGGAAGUCAUCAAGAGAUCUUUUCGUCAAGAAGUUCUCAUGCAAGGCUCCUGUUUAUCACAACUGUAGAAUAUACGCAAACGAUGGACGGUUGCUAUGUUACUGCGACAGAAAAAAACUCGAAUGGUAUAUGAACCGUGGUCUUGCGAAGCUAGUUGAAGACGAACCACCCGCGAUAAUGCUUUUGUUCGAACCUAAAGGACGUCCUGAGGACGAAGGGAAUGACUUCUAUAUUCAGACCAAGAAGAACAUAUGUGUUGGAUGUGGAGAAGGGAAUCACUAUCUGCGUUACAGGAUUAUACCUUCUUGCUAUAGAGUUCAUUUUCCGGAGCAUUUGAAAAGUCACAGGUCUCAUGAUAUAGUUCUGCUCUGUGUGGAUUGUCAUGAAGUUGCGCAUGCUGCUGCUGAGAGGUACAAGAAACAAGUGGCUUCAGAGUUUGGGAUCCCUCUUUUUGUUCGGAGAGUGGUGGAUUCAAAAGAAGCAGCAUCUUCUGUGGAGUGUGAUGAAUCAAGGGGUGACGUUAAGGAUGUUGGUGUCUCUCCUUUGCAUCUUAGGACAGCUGCAAUGGCGCUGUUGCGACAUGGGAACAGAAUGCCAUCUAGUCGCCGUGAGGAGUUGUUGCAGACUGUAAAGAUGUAUUAUGGGGGACGGGACAUAUCUGAGGAAGAUUUGGAGAGAGCUUUACUCAUUGGGUUGAGCCCUCACGAGAGACGAAAACUGGAAAGAAAGAAAGGUGUCCCUCUCAAAUAUUCUGCAGAGGUUGCUCAUAUGAACAAACAAGAAAACAGUAGCAAUGAUACUGAUGCAAACAGUUUUGUAUCUUCGUCAGUUGGAGAACAUGGUGAGGAAGCUCCUGGAGAUUCUGAGAAAUAUAUGAAUGAAGAAAGUAGUAUAGUUGCAGAUGAUAGUGGAGGAGAUGGAAAUACAUCGCAUCAACAGAAUUCGAAACUCUCCUUGCUGGGACAUGGACCGCACGGGAAACAGGUAGUGGAGUAUCUCUUAAGGGAACAUGGAGAGGAUGGUGUUCGGGAUUUCUGCCAAAGAUGGAGACAAGUGUUUGUUGAUACUGUUCAUCCUCGCCAUUUGCCUGGUGGCUGGAAUGUUAGUCACAGGUAAGUAGCAACACUUAACCCACAGUUGUCUGGUUAACUUUAAGACAGACAACUUUGGUGUCAAAAGCAAAUAUUGUUUGGACCUUGGUUCUUUACAAAGGUUUGAUUGUUUUGUUGCCAGUAGAAGUGUCAACUGGGCGGGCUGACCAUGGGCUAGCCCAGUCCAAUUCAUUUUGGGCGGGCUAUGGACAUGCCCAAUUAAUAAAUGGUCCAACUGGACAAAAGACCAAUUGAUACACGGUCCAAUUGGGCGAAGACCAAAUGGACAAUGGGUGUCCAUGGGCUUCUUAAAAUAUAAUUUCAUGAGUUUAAUAAAAGAAAACAUAACUUUACAAUUUAACCAAAAAAACAGUUUUAUCGUUAAAAUAAAAAAUUAAUGAUUUUGACGGAAAACGUAAUUCACAGUUUUGACGGAAAAAUGUAUUUCAUAAAUUUGGCGGGAAAAUUUAAUUUUUCGGUUUUGGCGGAAACACACACAAUUUCUCGGUUUUGGCGAAAAAACGCAAUUUCUCAGAUUUUGGCGGAAAAACAUAAUUUCUCGGUUUUAGCGGAAAAAUGCAAAUUUGCAGUUUUAGCGAGAAAACACAAUUUUUCGAUUUUGGCGGAAAACGCAAUUUCUUGGAUUUUGACAGGAAAAUACAAUUUUUCGGUUUUGGCGGAAAAAUGUAAUUUCUCAGAUUUUGGCGGGAAAAUACAAUUUCUCGGUUUUGGCGGGAAAACACAAUUUCUCGGUUUUGGCAGGAAAACGCAAUUUCUCGGUUUUGGCGGGAAAACGCAAUUUCCCGGUUUUGGCGGGAAAACGCAAUUUCUUGGUUUUGGCGAAAAAACACAAUUUCUCGGUUUUGGCGGAAAAAAACACAAUUUCUCGGUUUUGGCGGAAAAAUGUAAUUUCUCGGGUUUGGCAGGAAAACGUAAUUUUUUUGAUUUUGGCAGAAAAACGUAAUUUCUCGGUUUUGACGGAAAAAUAAAAAAAUAUCGGUUUUGGCAGAAAAACGCGAUUUCUUGGUUUUUGCGGAAAAAUGAAACUUUUUCGAUUUUGAGAGGAAAACAUAGUUUUACAGUUUUGAUAAGA